ACUUUCAAACUGAGUUAAGAGCACAUACAUACACAGCAGAGCAAACUGUUUACGGUCGAGCACCAAGUAGCAAAUAGUAGCAAGGAAGAGAUCGAUCCAAGACGAUGGCCGGUGAAGGAGAUGUGAAGCUGCUGGGCACGGUGGUGAGCCCGUUCGCGGUCCGCGUGCGCAUGGCCCUGCAUCUCAAGGGCGUGAGCUACGAGUACCUGGAACAGGACCUCUUCGACAAGGGCGAGCUCCUCCUCGCCUCCAACCCGGUGCACAAGAAGGUCCCCGUGCUCAUCCACGCCGGCAGGCCCGUCUGCGAGUCGCUCGCCAUCGUCGAGUACGUCGACGAGGUCUGGGCCGGCGCAGCCUCGCUCCUCCCGGCGGACCCCUACGGCCGCGCCGUCGCCCGCUUCUGGGCCGCCUACCUCGACGAUAAGCUGUUCCCCGCGUGGAUAGGCAUCCUACGCGCCGCCACGGAGGAGGACAGAGCCGAGAAGCUCGACGCCGCGCUCGCGGUGGUCGAGCCCAUGGAGGACGCCCUCGUGCAGUGCUCUGGUGGGAAAGACUACUUCGCCGGCGACUCCGUCGGGUACCUUGACAUCGCGCUCGGAUGCAACCUCUUCUGGUUCGAGGCGCUCCAUGAGAUGUUCGGCGUGACGGUCAUCGACGCAGGUAGGACUCCGUGCUUGGCCACCUGGGCUGAGAGGUUCGUGGAGACGGAGGCGGCCAAGAAGGCUGCCCCGCCCAUGAAGAGCAUGGUGGACUACGCCGGGAAGCUGCGGAGUAUGUGGGCUGCCGCUGCCGCCGCUGCCAAGUAAUUAAGUGGCUAUAGCUCGGAGGAGCGUCUUGAUUCGAUCAGCAUCAAAUUGCGUUCUGUUUGUUUAAAGGUUGCAAUCGUCAGUGUCGUCGCUUUCCCCCCUUUAGGAUUUGACACCAUUCAUCUCU